AUGAACCUUCGUAUAUUAUUAUUUCAUAUCUUAUUUUUAAUUGUUCAAGUUGAUUCACGUCGUCAUAAUGAUCAAAAUGAUAAUGAUAGUAUAUAUGAAUUAGAUCAUCUUUUGCAUAAUUAUAAUCAUCAUAAAACACAUUCAAAUAAAGAAUAUCUUCAAGAUUUAUCAAAUGAUGAUCAAGAUUAUCUUUCAUCAUUUCAACGUGAAAAAAAAUAUUCAUCACGUAAGAAAAUUUCCGAUGAAAAUGAUAAUCGUGAUGAACAAGAAAAAUCAUUAAAUCGUAUUCACACAUCAAAAUCAAAUAAUCGAUCAGAAUUACCUAAUAAAUCUAAUCGAAUUUCACAAACAACAACACAAAGUUAUAUUGAUGAAGCAUCAUUAUGUAUAAAUGAAUUUGAUAUUAAAACUGAACAAUUAGUUAAAGUAAAAGAAUUAAAAAAUGGUGCACAUAUGAUACGUUUUGUUCGUAUUGAUGAACCAUCAUCAUCUCAUGGUCUUGAUAUAAAAGAUAUUUGUAUGUUAAAUUGUUGUGUUGAAGAAAAAUGUGAUUUAGCUAUGCUUAGUGAACAACGUACAAAUGAUGGUUAUAAAUGUUAUUUAUUUGCUUGUAAUGGUAGUUGUACAUAUGCAUCACAUCAAGAAUAUACUAGUAUGAUAUUAAAAAAAGAAUUAUCAUCAUCCAAUGAGGAUUUACAAGGAACAAACAAACAAUCGAAAUCUAAUGAAAAAAAUUCAAUUGCAUCAUCAUCAACACU